UUAGGGGGGGGAAGGACACUCCGCUGGCCGGAUGGUUCCCCGAUACGCAAGACCCGUUCGCCGUGUUUUCUCUCGCCGGACAUUUUCUUUCCACCGGAGCCUCGCUAUUUCCGCUGAAACGGGAAUUGGCUAUCUUGUCUGGCGCGCAGGACUGACUGUAAACAAACAACAGGCUCACAUCCUGACCCGCUUGACUGAACCGAGACGGUUCAAGUGCCGAACUCUUUAGGACACAGGCAGACCAGGAGCAAGCGAGCCAUGCCUGUGUUCAGCGGUUUGUUGAAGGUGCGUGUGUGUGAGGCGGUGGACUUAAAGCCCACCCCCUGGGCUCUGCGUCAUGCCGUGGGGAAGAGUGGCUCCUUCCUGCUGGAUCCCUACCUGGCUCUGAAUCUGGACCAGACUAGGCUAGGCCAGACAGCCACUAGGACUAAGACCAACAGCCCUGCCUGGCACCAGGAGUUCUGCACCGAGGUUCGUGAGGGGAGGAGCCUGGAGUUGUCGGUCUUCCACGAUGCACCAAUAGGUUAUGACGACUUUGUGGCCAAUUGCACCAUCCAGCUGGAGGAUCUGCUGCAAAACGGAACCCGGCACUAUGAAGACUGGGUAAUGUUGGCGGAGCUGAAGGGGACAGAGGAGGUGUACGCCGUCAAGGUGCUGAAGAAGGACGUGAUCCUGCAGGAUGAUGAUGUGGACUGCACCCUGACCGAGAAACGCAUCCUGGCCCUGGCCCGCAGACACCCCUACCUCACUCAGCUCUACUGCUGCUUCCAGACACGGGACCGUUUGUUCUUUGUGAUGGAGUAUGUGAACGGAGGAGACCUGAUGUUCCAGAUUCAGCGCUCCAGGAAGUUCGAUGAACCCCGCUCUCGCUUUUAUGCUGCCGAGGUCACCUCCGCCCUCAUGUUCCUUCACCGCAACGGCGUGAUUUACAGGGAUCUAAAGCUUGAUAACAUCCUGUUGGAUGCAGAAGGCCAUUGUAAACUGGCAGACUUUGGUAUGUGCAAAGAAGGCAUCAUCAAUGGCGUCACCACCACCACCUUCUGCGGCACACCCGACUACAUCGCCCCCGAGAUCCUCCAGGAGCUGGAGUACGGCGCAUCGGUGGACUGGUGGGCCCUGGGGGUGCUGAUGUACGAGAUGAUGGCUGGACAGCCUCCCUUUGAAGCGGACAACGAGGAUGACCUUUUUGAGUCCAUCCUGCAUGACGACGUCCUCUACCCCGUCUGGCUCAGCAAAGAGGCCGUUUCCAUCCUUCGAGCUUUCAUGACGAAGAACCCGGCCAAACGUCUGGGCUGUGUAGUGAGCCAGGGCUGCGAAGAGGCCAUCAAAACCCACCCUUUCUUCAGAGAGAUAGACUGGGUGCUACUGGAGCAGAGGAGAGUCAAACCACCCUUCAAACCACGUAUUAAGACCAAAAGAGAUGUGAAUAACUUCGACCAGGACUUCACUAAGGAGGACCCUGUGUUGACACCCACAGACGAGGCCAUCGUACGACAGAUCAACCAGGAGGAGUUCAAAGACUUCUCCUACUGCGCCCCCGAGGAGACACUGACCUAACACUUCACACCGUGCACGCACGCACGCACACACACACACACACACACACACACACACACACACACACACACACACACACACACACACACACACGACAACCUAUUAUGAUUCAUACCCGCAGGCAUGCACUGGCAAACACACACACACAGAUACACACACACACGUUAUAUAGCACAGACACACAAAACACAGAUCCCUUCACAAAUACACACGCUGCACACACAACACGGUCACUCCUUUACUUUGAAGCUAUUGGUUGUUGUUACUUUAAUAUUAUUUACUGCAUUGUGUUGUUCUUGUUGCCUGGCUUUAUAAUGAAUAUGACUAUGAAUAUGAAUACACAUAUAUGUAUACACACACACACACACA